ACGAUCACUUCCGCUCCGGAGCCGGAAGUGGUCGUUGUUUUCCCGCUGGAUGAAAACAGUGAAGUGGUUUGUAGAAAAGCGUCAGAGUUUAGUUUCCAUCGCAAACUGCUGGAUGUUGUUUUACCCGCUGAGAUAAAGCUGCAGAGAGCAGGUUCGGGAAAGUUUAAGCAGCAUGGCACCCAGACGGAAAUUUGAUUUCAAGUUUAAAGAGCGAGUUUUGCAGUUUGCGGAGAAAACUUCAGGAGAGGAAGCUGCGAGGAACUUUAACAUCGACUCCAAAAGAAUCAGAUACUGGAGAAAACAGAAGAGUGAGCUGCUCUUAGCGGACAAGAGGAGAGCGCGGCUAGCUGGAGGCGGGAGGAAGAAAGUCAGCGUGGAGCUUGAGAGGAAGCUUUCAGAGUGGAUCUACUCGAUGUGGGACCAACACAACCCAGUAUCAGGAAAAAUGAUUCAAAAUAAAGCGUUGGAGAUCUACCCCUCAGUGAGGGACGGGGGCAAGGUGUUUGUGGCUAGCAGAAGUUGGCUACGAAGAUUUCUACAGCGCAACAACCUCUCGCUUCAACAUCGCACCACCGUGAUCCAGAAUGAUCCAGAUCAGCUCACCGAGAAACUGGUUUCCUUUGUCGACUACGUCGGCAAAGCUGUCAGCUCUAAUGGGAUUUUAGAGAGGGACAUCAUUGCAAUGGACGAGACCGCCGUUUGGUUUGACACAGUGUCCCCCAUUACUGUUGAUACUCAAGGUAAGAGCAGCGAGGCAAUGCCGGGACACGAGAACCUCACUGUCGUCCUCGCCGCCAAGGCUGACGGCACCAAACUGCAGCCUUACAUCGUCUUCAGAGGGGCUGCUGGUGAAGUGCGGCAGCAGAUCUCUGGCGCAGUCAUCGCCAAGUCUGCGAAUGGUUGGAUGAAUGACGCUCUCACUGCUGAUUGGCUUCAGUCCGUGGUGGGACAAUUCAACAUGACCCCACGGCUCCUGGUGUGGGACUCAUACCGCUGCCACAUCGGCGCCGCCACCAAAGCUGAACUAAAACAUGGCUACAAUAUCACGACGGCGGUGAUCCCGGGAGGCUGCACUAAACAUAUCCAAGCCUCCAACAUGAUGUGGAACCAGAUCUUCAAGCAGAGUCUAUACGGCGCCUACAAUCAGUGGUUGGCGGGGGACACAGAUAAGGAAUACACAGCCGGAGGGUAUUUAAAGGCCCCCGCCCGCCACCUGCUGGUGGACUGGGUGGUCGCCGCCUGGGACAAUCUGGAUGAGGAUUUGAUCAGAGAGUCUUUCAAAGUUUGUGGACUGUCUGUGAAAAGUGAUGGAAGCGAAGACGACCUCAUCCUCUGCUUCCAGGAGGGACAGCCCUGCGACGCCGGACGGGAGGCUCUCGCCCAGGUUCGUCAGAGGAGCCUGGAGAACCAGUGCCAAACCGCCCAGGAUGAGGAAGAUGAAGAGGAGCUAUUUAACAAUGAACUUGUUGUUUUUGAUGAUGAUGAGGAGGAGGACUUCGGGGAGGAGGAUAGUGACCACAUGUCAUGGCACUGUUUCAUUCAUCAAGCUUUACCCUCAAACGACAUAAAACAGAUUAUUAUUAAAGAAGAGCAGCAGGAGUGGAGCCCCAGUGAGCACCAGGAGGACCCAGAGCCCCCACACAUUAAAGAGGAACAGGAGGAAGUCAGGACCAGUCAGGAGGGAGAGCAGCUUCAAGGGUUCACAUUCACUCCUGUCCCUGUGAAGAGUGAAGAUGAUGAUGAUGAAGAGAAGCCUCAGUCCUCACAGCUUCAUCAAAUACAGUUUGAACAGAUGGAAACAGACAAUGGAGAAGACUGUGGAGGACCAGAACCAGCCAGGACCUCAGAUCCAGAUACACAUUUAAAACCAGACAGUUCUCCAAACUCUUCUGACCCUGACACUGAUGACAGUGAGGACUGGAAGAGGACCAGAGAACCUCAGUCAGCUUCAAACCAUUUACAAGUCCCUUUGAGCUGUGUGCCAUGUAUCAGCCAUGAAACACGGUUCCUGUUGCACAGCUGCUCUCAGUGUGGUAAAGGAUUUGGCAACAAGACAAAUCUGAAGGUCCACAUGAGGACUCACACGGGAGAGAAACCGUUCAAUUGCUUAGUUUGUGGUAAAACCUUUGCACAAGGAGAAGAUCUGAGACAGCACAUGGCGGUCCACAGAGGGAAAAGAUUACGGUGCACUGUUUGUGACAGAAGGUUUAUCUGGUACCAGCAGUUCAAAACACACAAGUGUGUCGGUCUUCAGUCCUCACAGCUUCAUCAGAGACAGACUGAACGGAUGAAAGCUGACGGAGAGGACUGUAAAGGACCAGAAGCAGCCAGAAACUCAGAUCCAGAUAGACAUUUAGAACAUGAUACUGAUGAUAUGACUGAAGACUCUUCUGAAUCUGAGACUGACAACAGUGAUGACGGUUGGAAGGAGACCAGAGAUCCUCAGUCCGGUCACGAAGCCCCUGUAAGUUGUAUCACACGUACUGGUGAAAACCAGCUGAACUGCUCUGAGUGCGGUAAAAGAUUCGGCUACAUGUCACUUCUGAAGAGACACGUGAGGAUUCACACAGGAGAGAAACCGUUCAGCUGCUCAGUUUGUAGUAAACGCUUCAUUCAGAAGAGCGAUCUGCAGGUUCACAAGAGAACUCACACGUGGAGGAAAAUAUUCAGCUGCAGUGUUUGUGACCAAAGAUUCUCUCGACGUUCACAGAUAAAAAUACAUGAGUGUGAUCACCGUAAAGCCUCGCAGCCUCAACACAACCAAGCUGACGAGUUCAACUGAACAGAUAGAAACACACACUGAUGGAGAGGGCUGUGGAGGACCAGAACAAGCCCGGAACUUGGAUUAUUUAACACCUCAUACGACGACCAGAGAGACUCUCGGACGCUGUGGGUCCAGUUGCGUCCUCAACACAGACAGGAAGUGUGCAGCAGAUCUAUGUUAACAGCAGAUCUGCAUCGGUACUGCUCAAUGCUGGCACACAUUUACUGUUUUCAUACUGUGAUUGAUUGUGCUAUAUAAGCUGUCUAUGUAAGAAGCUUAGAAGCAUGUGUGGAUGCAUUUAAACUCACCUAAAGAGCCAAUCUGCAGAGCUGUGGCUCGCUAGGUAAUAUGUCUUUAUAUAGUUAGAAUUAUAGUUUACAAUGUCAUGAUAUAUGUACAAGUGCAGAGCUCACAGUUUUUUAUGCCUUUUUUUUUGCUGUGACAGCUUGAUAGAAAGGGAGAAGAGAGAGUGAGACAUGCAUUAAAGGUCCACAGGUUGGAAUCAAACCUGGGCUGCAGGGGGACUUACAGUACGUACAUGGGGGGCAGGUUCUACCAGUGCAUCCAAUGUACUUUUUUUAUUCUGAUUUUAUGCAUAUAGGAGUUUUUUUAAAUUGCAAUAUAUUGAAUAGAAAAUAAGGGCAGCUGUUUUGAUGCAAGCUAUUCAGCAGUGAUGUGUUUUAGCCUGAAGUGCAGCCACAUGUCUCAGGAAGAAGAAAAGUCUUUAAGCUGCCAUAUUAGAUUCAGUUCAAGACUGAUGAAACACAAGAGAAACGGUUCAGUUGCAGUAAAAGUUUUAAUUUUAACUCACAAAUCAUAAACUGAGUUCCAACUGUUGAUAUGAAUGUAUGUUUUAAAGUGUAACAUCUCCUCAUUUAACAAUGUAUAAAGUCUAUGUUCUAUAUGGAGUUGAUUCCAUAAAUUAUCAAUAAUCGAUGGCGUCAUAUCCCCUCUGUGGCUGCAUCAGCGCUGUGGUCGUCUGCCAGAAGCUGUCAUACACUGACUGUUUACCAUCCACUAUUUAGAUCUUGGUGCUUUUUAACUCUAGAUUUGAACCGGAUGAAGGAUUUUAGUCAUCGGACGUCUGGAUCUUAAGUUAUCAGAGAAACAAGCUGAGCUAACAUUAGCAUUAGCUCGGCUCGCCGCCCCUCCAGGACGUCCUCUGUCUGUCCAACAGCGUGGGAGAAGCAGUGAUUUUUAAGGUGGAACUGCUUUAUUCAUUGUGUUUAGUGAUUUUAAUCAGUGGGUCUGUUUGUUUUGGAGAGGAGGAGACCUCUGUGGAUCAUUGGGCUCCCGGUAGAAACCUCCUGAACCAUGAACACUGAAGGAAUCCUAACCAGGAGAAGCUGACUGCAAUGACGCCAAUGGAGGUGAAGACAACAACUCCCAUGAUCCCACGCUGCUUCACCACCUCAUCAAACUACAUUCUUAUUGUUUGGAUGUGAGAAACCCCCCCCCAAAUUAUUUUGAGGCAAAAGUGAUUAUGAGAGAAGUAUUUAAUGAAUAAAGGUGGAAUACUUUUGAUUAAAUAAGAUGUUUAUUAUCAUGAAAUCAUGUAUUAGUGCAGCUUUAAUGUGGCGUCAGCAGAUAUAAACCUUUGUUGAAAGAGCGUUGGGUGUUGACGCAUUGAUUUUCCAUCCUAACAGUUGAUCAGCUGCUGACAGACUAUCGUGAAAAGAAGUCAUUCAUUUAUUAAGUUAAAUAUUAGAAUUUGUAAUGACCGUUUUACACUGGAUGCUGUACAUCACAUGUUCCAUAACACGGUCAAAACUCAAAGAAACCUCUGUUGACCUCUCCAUGUUAUUAUUGAUCAAUAGUAUCAAUAUUAAGUCUGAUUGUUAAAAUGAUAAAAACACAGAAUACUGACAGUUUACUGUUGGGUUCAUUGUGUUAUUGAUCAUUGGAACAUACAGUCCGUUUACUGACUGAUCGAGGAGGUUGGAAACAAACCAUACAAUAUGAAAACAGCUUUAGCUACUAGAAACACAUCAGUUUAGUCCUCUCAAAAAUAUACAAUGAAUGUUGAGUAAACUAUAAAUUAUGAAAUAAAUGUGUAACUUAAGCAGCUCUAACAGAA